AUGUCAACUUCCGAGCCCUCUGAUAGUGUGAUAGCAAUGCUCAUCGACGGAGAGGACGAUCAGGAAGUACACGAACUGCAAACCACGCUCGGACUACCGAUUCCCAAGCAACGCCGAGAAAUCUCGCCUUCGCUGUCGUCGAAUUACGGUGGCGACGGCGACGAAGGCAGAAGUAAAAAGGUUUUGGCUUUGAGCGAUACAGAGGGUUUGUUUUGUCCUAUUUGUAUGGAGGCGUGGGAGUCACAAGGCGAUCAUCAAGUCAGUUGUCUUCCUUGUGGUCAUGUAUAUGGCUUGUCUUGCAUUAGAAGAUGGAUUCAACAACAUGGUGGAAUUGUUGCAAAGUGUCCACAAUGCAAUUCAAAGUACAACUUAAAGGACAUAAUAAAGCUGUUUGGAUCACCAAUAGUUGUUCUUGAUGAAAGUCUACUUAAGAAAGUAAGAUCAUACGAGGCUGAAGUCGCCUCUCUCAAGACUGAAAGAGCUUCUUUACUUGCCAUACAAGAUGAUUUAUUCCGUGUACAAGAAAAUCUAUUCAAGGAAUUAACCAACCGGGAGGAGAAACUUAGCUGCAGAGGUGAUGCAGCAUCAGGAGAGAAAGGGAUGGAGCAGAGACAGAGCAAACAAUGGGAUCAUCACUCUGCCCAUAAUUUUCUCAGAGAAGGAAUUCUUCACUGUAAAUUUCAAUUGGAGGUGCAUCUAUUCUGUGAGCUGGCAGUAGAAGGAGCACGGCUUUUUGAUAUGGAUGCUUCUUCUCAAACUUUGGUCCUUGCUCGAAGGAUAUCUGGAUUAGGUGGCACACACAUGCUGAAGAAAGUCAACUUGAUAUCUCCUCAACAAAGUGAAGAUAUACAGCUUCCACCUGGUACAAAGCCCAUUAAGGAUCUACACAUAUCCCCGUGUGGUAGAUUCACCCUUUUAGCUUCACUGGGGAAGAAACUAUCAUUUCUUAGCUUGGGGAGCAACAGUUUUGUCAUCACUUAUGACUUACCGGGCCCGGCAUGGUCGUGCUCAUGGGAUCUUAACAAGCCACAUUGUAUAUAUACUGGUUUACAGGAUGGUUUGCUUUUAAUGUUCGAUAUGCGUUUUAGCAAGCUUCCUCUGCUAUCUUUGGCUGGGCUGACCUCCCGGCCAAUUCAUACUAUACACUCCCUUGUGCAAAACCGUGCUUUCAGUCACACUUCUCAUAAAUUGCUCACUGCUUCUUCCAGCGGCCCUUGCGUGUGGAACAUGGGUAGUGCUGGUCCUGCUGGAGAAAGGCCAUUUCUCAUCCCCGGAUUAGAGGAUCAAGGUGUUUGUACAUCAGUAGCUUAUAGUCCCUCAACUGAUAACAUAGUUGCUUCAUAUCAUCCGAAAACCGAUACAUCAGCUAGACCUUCUGGUUCACAAGUUCUUAUCAAGAGGGUAGAUGAUUGCUUUUAUCAUAAGAUCGGAUCUGUGCCAGUUCAAUUGAAUGACUUUCAGCUGAGAAAGUCUGCCAUUGUAGAUAUACCAGACUGCUACCCAUUGUUUGCGUAUGGUGAGGAACUGACCCGUGGAUUGAGGCUGCGGGAAUUGCCAAGUCUAAAAGUGAGCCAGAAUCUUGAACCUCAUCAACAUUCCAUCCUUGACGUGAAGUAUGCACGUUCUCAGGACAAAGGUUUGCUUGGUUGCUUGAGCGAGGACAAGUUGCAACUUUUCUCCGCGGCUACAAAAGGUGUGUUUAUAUUGUAAAUACUGAUGCUAAAAUAAAUUUGAAAAGCGAAAGGCGAAAGAGAGAGAGAUCUGCAACUGCUGCAAGGUUUUACCCAUCACUAUUUAACUACCAAGAACACUGGUUUUCGGAAUCAUAAGCAAAGAUGAAUCGUCCUUGAGGAUUCGAGGCUGCCAAUAAGAGAGGUUCUAAGUUAAAGUCCUGCCCAGUUCGGCUAGUUCUGUGGUAUACAUUUAUCGGCCAUAGCUCUGGUCGACUGUUACUAUUCUUAUGGUUCUACCGUAGAUUUGAGAAGUCGAAAUUCAAGUUUCUUGUUCAUAAGAAAGAUACGGCGACAAAGGAAAUAGAUAUCUUUCUACUUAGCUCUCUUUCGCCAUCCUUUUCCCUUCUUUUUGUUUGUGUAUAUAACCCAAAAAUUGUUCAAUUAGUGCUUAAAUUGUUUCGGAAA